GCUGAAGAUCUUCCGAGCUCUUGAGUUUCGGUGUUCCAUGUUUUCAUAAGUCCCCCCAUCACCAUCCUAACUAUUUGGCUAUCAACUAAACCACCAUCACCAGGACAUCAUAUUUUCACCGUUUUCCAAAGUCUUCUCUCUGUUACUUUCUUUUCCUGUUCAGUUAUCUUUAGCCUAUCCGGUUCCAAUACAUAAGAGAGAGAUGGCGGCGUCAGCAGCAGCCGGGGGUGUUGGAGGAGAGGCAUGGAAGGCGCACGUGGCCAUGGCAUUCGUUCAGCUCUUCAAUGGAGGGUACCAUGUUAUAACCAAGGUGGCCCUCAACGUUGGGAUCAACCAGCUCGUCUUCUGCGUCUUCCGCAACCUCAUUGCCCUUUCCAUCCUUGCCCCCGUCGCCUAUAUCCGGGAAAAACGCGUUCGGCUGCCAAUGACUAGAGGCCUCCUGAUAUCAUUUUUCUUUCUUGGGUUAACUGGGAUUUUUGGCAACCAGCUUUUGUUUCUUAUUGGUCUUGGCUACACAAAUCCAACCUAUGCUGCUGCCAUACAGCCUUCAAUUCCUGUCUUUACAUUUCUAUUGGCUGCAAUGAUGGGUACAGAAAGAGUCAACUUGCUUCGAACUGAAGGUCAGGCCAAGGUUGGAGGUACACUCGUAUGUGUUUCUGGUGCCAUACUAAUGGUUAUGUUCCGCGGCCCAGCCUUGAUUGGAACUACAGAAACAGACUUUGCAGCACAAAGUGAAAUAAGUGCUAGGGGUCAGCCAGAGCCUUCUGGAUGGUUCAUGUCUAGUUUUAUGGAGAUUGGAAUUGACCAUUUUCACCUAGGGGUUUUAUGUUUAAUUGGGAACUGUAUGUGCAUGGCUACAUUUCUAGCCAUUCAGGCUCCAGUUCUGGCGAAGUAUCCUGCUAGCCUGUCAGUCACGGCAUAUUCACAAUUCUUUGGUGCUCUGUUGAUGGUGACAUCAGCAUUCUUUAUGAACAAUGAGUCAACGGGCUGGAGUUUGACAAAGUCUGAGCUUUUUGCUGUCAUUUAUGCUGGAACUGUUUCAUCUGCUCUUAAUUAUGGACUCCUAGCGUGGAGCAAUAAGAUCUUGGGCCCUUCAUUGGUAGCUCUCUACAAUCCACUCCAACCUGCAGUUUCUGCCUUCCUUUCAAGGAUUUUUCUUGGAAGUCCUAUCUAUUUGGGAAGUGUUAUAGGGGGCUUUUUAAUUAUUGCUGGUCUUUAUUUGGUCACAUGGGCAUCUUAUAGAGAAAGACAAGCAAGUUUGGGGAUUGUUCCUCAUAUUGUUCCGGCUACUGAACCGCUCCUUCUCAAAGAUCCAUCGAUUAACAAGAUCUCAUACCAAAGUGGUCAUAUUUUCUCCAGGCCCUCCACCUCACUGCCAAAAUCCUCAGAUUAAGCCAAUUUGUGAUGGAGAGGUGAAUCUGAAGUUCUAUCAAAUGUAUUAUGAGUGGUGCUACUUACAUUGUCGGAAACACGAAAAAGCUCAACAAAUACUUACUAGUAUGAGAAAAAAAAUUUAUUCACAUAUCUAUUUAUUGACAUAUUAAAUAUAUUGUUGAUACGAAAGUUUGUUUACACAAACUUAUGAGUAGCAUAAUUCUAAUUCUAACAUAGACUUCUCCUUACUGUCCUGCAUAACCAAUGUAUAUAGUAGUUAAUUUGGAUGAAUUUACUUCUUAAUUCAUGCACAA